UUGGUGUACUGCCUCCAGUGAAGAAAAAGGACAGUGGGACAGUGAGCCGUCGGGCGUCUGGAGGUUGGAUGGACAACAUGUCUCCACAGCAGCAGCAGCAGCAGGACAACCUCAGCCGAGGCGGCGCACAGCAGGAAAAUAAACGGAGGAUGAAGUCUCAAAGUUAUCGCCGUCAGUCCGCCCCGUCUCUCGUCAUCACCAAGGCUCUGACCCGGUCCAAGACUCUCUCCAGAGACAGCUUCCAGCUUCCUGUCUGCCCAGAGAGCUGCCCAUUGGUCCAAUCCUUCCUCACUGGCUCUGAUAGGACGUUCCUUCUUCACGGACAUGCGCAGCUGAAGACCGGGAUGCAGAGUCAGGACCGACACCUCUUCCUGUUCACUGACAUACUGGUGAUUGCCAAAGCCAAAUCAGCCAACCACUUCAAACAGAAAGCCCAGGUGUGUGUGUGCGAGAUGUGGACCGCAGGCUGUAUGGACGAGGUGUGUGAGGGAAGCACAAACCCAGAGAGAAGCUUCGUCAUGGGCUGGCCCACCUGUAACUGUGUCGCUAUGUUUAGCUCAGCAGAACAGAAAGAGAAGUGGCUCUCCCUCCUCAAAAGUCGGAUUAAAGAAGAGAAGGAGAAUGAAGAACCUAAAACUAUUCCUCUGAGAGUGUACGGGAAGGGACUCAGCAGUUUUGCAGUUACCAAGACGCUUCCUGUCAGCAACUCUGAUUCAACCAAUGAGGUGAUCCGACUGGCCCUGCAGCAGUUCAGCAUCAUAGGAAAUGUGAAAGACUACCAGCUGUGGGUCAUCUCCAAGAGAGAAAACGGCCCCUAUCCUCUAAUCGGUCACGAGUUUCCCUUCAGCAUCCAGAUGAAUCAUGUGAGACACACUACAUCUCAGGGAGGAAAGGACGCUGCUGCACCACCUGCAGACCGACAGAGGGCCAUGCAGGUGGAGCAGCUGCAGGUGUACAAGCAGUGCCAGUUCAUCCUGAAGCCUCGACCCACUGAAACACUGAACGAAACUGCAGAUUUUUCUCAGAAGCCGUUCAAAAGGAGGCGUUCUCUCAUCACCUGGGCUUUCUGGCGCGGCUCCUCCUCUCACCUGAAUGAACUGUCCCUCGGUGAGCCCCAUGGCUGCCUGUUCGGUCAGCCGCUCAGCGCUGUUUGCUUGGAGGACGCUCUGCCAAAGCCAGUCAUGGACAUGCUGUCGUUUCUGUACUACGAGGGCUCAUGGACGCGGGGGAUCUUCCGUCGACCAGCGGGAGCUCGGGCUGUCAGGGAGCUGCGGGACUCUCUGGAUGCUGGAGAGUUUCAACUUCCUCUCACAAGAGAUCACGUCUUUAUCAUCGCCGGAGUCUUUAAGGAUUUCUUGCGCAGCAUCCCAAGCAGCUUGUUGUGCUGUGAGCUGUAUGAAGAAUGGAUGGACGUGCUGGAGGAAGAUGAGGAGGAGGAAGAACAAGUGCAGGACAUAAAGAGGAUGAUCGGUCGUCUGCCCAAAGAAAACACCCUGCUGCUUCGCUACCUGUUGGCCAUGCUGCACGGCAUCCAGGGCAACGCCCAGGAGAACCAGAUGACAAGUUUCAAUUUAUCAGUGUGCAUCGCUCCCAGCAUGCUUUGGCCUCCAGGAGUUCCUUGUAGCCCGGAGGUGGAAGGAGAAGGAGCUAAAAAGGUUUGUGAGCUGGUGAAGUUCAUGAUUGAACACUGUCAGCAGAUUGCGGGAGAGGAUCCAUGCUCCCUGUUUGGAGGACUGCCACAAAGACCCAACACUGACGAGAUGGUAUCAGACCCCUGGAUGUUCCCUCUGACUGACUCGUCCUACGACAGUCUCGAGAAUGAGUUGGACAACAGCAGCGGUGGGUCACCGGGCUUCUGUAACAGACGGCUCCUCAGACCUAAAGCGCUACAAGGCAGCCUGGAGUCCAUCCUCACAUUCAGCGAUGAAGAGCACGACACGUACGCAGAUAUAAACCAGGCUGAAACUGACAGUCCACACGGUCUGAAGAUACGACUGGGGAGAACCAGAGGCAGGAGACAGGACCCCGACCUGUCCUGCCCCAGUCAGCACAGACUGCGACGGUGCUCAGAGCCCUCCAUAGCAUACAGGGCCACGUUUGGGCCGUGCAUCUCAGAGAGCACUGAUGGUCUCGAUGGUGAGGAAGAAGAUGGUGAAGAAGAGCUUUUCAAGAAGACCAGCAACACACAAUGUGUUACGUUAAACAUACGUGAUGUGAGCUCCUCCAGCCUCUCUUCCAAUCCCAACUCCCCUGCACCAACCCGCUCCUCCCUGGACUCUCUUGAAUCCCUGCACUCCCUUGGCAGCGAACACACCUGGGUGACCAAACGAGGGCUUCACCCAAACAAGACACAUCUGCCCUCCAACCCCUCUACCACAAGCACUGCUCUUCCCUCUGGUGGACAUGCAGACCUGGGGACUUGUCCAAAAGGCUCUCCACCCAAAGAACCUCUCAGCUGGGGGACCUUGAAAGGCUACAGGGGCCUCCACCCAAACUCUUGGCUGAGGAAAGGCCGGAGGCUGUCACUAACUCAACAAGACAACUUGGAGAAGGAGGAAGAGGACAAGACUGGCAAAGGUCCACCGGAUAAGUCAGUCACAGUUGGAAAAGCAGGUGAGAAGGGAGGAGGGGGAGGAAAACUGAUCUCCAUCAGCCAACCCAUGCCAUCCUGCAAAACCUUCAAAGAUGCAGCAGGUGGAGGGGGCCAUGUAAGGGGGAGGCCUGGACAGGACUCCCACAAGACCAGACACCUUAAACAGGACUCAUCCAGCCCCCCUUCUCACCACCGCUCUACGGGAAGUCUUCAUGUUCCCAAAUCCGCUUGGUUCCAACCCUCAGACACUCCACAUGUCAACACCGGAGAGGACGCCACCAACCGCAAGUGCAAAGCAGGAGUUGACGUGAAUGAGCAGAAGCACACAUCACCAUCUUUCUUCAACAAGCACAGCGGGCCAUCUCUGUCCCUGUUCAAGCGAAACAAGUCUCACUCUGUGGAGGAGGACUCCAAGCUCUCUGUAAGGCUCUUCCAGCGCCGGGUAUCAGAACCUGGACAGCAGAUUGUGGAGCGAGUCGCCAACUUCACACGAGGGAGGCGACCCAGCGACCCAGGACUGAAAGUUUCUGAGGUGGAUCCACAGGGAGGGACGACAAAGACUCGUUUCUGCCUCUCCCCAUACGCCACCAAAGCAGUGAAAGACUACUUCACUUCACACCCAUGCAGUAACCCCCAGAGCAGCCAGCAGGUGGCGCUCGCCCUGGUGGAGAGUCGCAGAGAGUGGCUGCAGAGAUGCAGUGACCCCGCAGCAGAACCAGACUUGGACCAGCUUCUGUUUGCUGAAGAAUCCUACGUCUGAGUCUGAUUAACUACAAAUACAUGACUUCAACUUAAGUUAUUAAUUAUACUCUCCACCUUAAAUAAACAGAUUGGCCUCUACCAUGCAGUACAGUGUGAUACAUUUUGCCUGACUUCAAAUUCAAUUGGUUUGCUGUGGUAGAACAGACAAAAAAAACUAGAUGCACGCAAGGCUCGGUACUUUAAGAAUAAUAAGGACAUCUUAAACUUUGCCUAGAGCUUAUUGCCAUUAAGGGAAUGUAUACAUGUUUGCUUGUAUGUUCUCAAGGCUGGACUUUGACAUGCAGAAGGACUUUAUUUAUAUUGAAAUAUUAUCUCAGUCUAAGCAGAUGGAUUGUCUUUUUAAACUAAGUUGAAACCUGCCAAUUAAAACGACCUGCUGUUGCCUUCUUUCAUUAUGAAUAAACAUAAAUAAAUCUGUCAGCUCAUUUUAUUGCCCGAUAGCAAACUUGAGCUCUAAAAACUGUUUUUUAGGUUUAACUUGAUUUCUGCUCCCAGAGCUUCGUUAUGUUUGGAUAUAUAAAGCUGCAUAUAUGGACUGCCUCAACAGUAGUUAUUCUGCUUAUUUCAUGAGAUGUAACAGUUUAUUCUUAGUCAUUUUUAAACACGACAGCUAAAGUAAAGAAAUUAAGGGUUGUGCUCUGUGUCCAAUUACUGCUGUUAUGAAGUAUGCUUAAAAAAAGCCGACCACUGCCCUACACAACUUUUGAUAACGCUGUAUGGGAGUCACUGUUUUCCUGCAAUGGUACUUUAAGAAAUGAGCUUAUAAUAUUUGCACAUGAGGAUAAUUAAUAGUCGAAAUUAUUAGAUAUCUUUAGAAAACGUGCUGUUUUUGUAGUGUUAAUGCAGCCUGUACACACUGACUUUGCUUUUUUUGAGUAAUAAUUUCUUAACAAAAUAACCUGUUAUACAUGAUU